GAAAAUACAAAGGAAUGGCCUGGGAUCGUCAUAUCGUGAUUAUAUAGUGUACGAGAUGCCUGAAUAACUGGGUGUUAAUCGUGUCUGUGUGUGCGUGUGUAGUUGUCACGUGCGAGACUGAGAGUGGCGGCUGUCGAGUGCAGUAUUAUAACUCACCCAGUGAACAGUUUUUUACGCAUAAAAAUUCACAUCUGAAAUUAUUUCGCUGCUCCAUCAUGACUGAGGAAAUGAAGAAAUAUUUACAUCAACUAUUGAUGAGAGUGGAUGGUCUAUAUUGCAUUCUAGUAACGGAUAGAGAUGGAGUUCCAGUUAUAAAAGUGGCAAAUGAAAAAACACCUGAACUUGCCAUGCGACCAAGUUUUCUUUCUACAUUUGCCAUGGCAGCUGAUCAAGGAGGAAAAUUGGGACUAGGAAAACAUAAGACCUUAAUUUGCAUGUACUCUACAUACCAGGUGGUGCAAGUGAAUAGAUUACCACUUGUUAUUACAUUGAUUGCUAGUGAAACAGCCAACACAGGCUUAUUGCUGGCUCUGGAGCCUCUUGUGGAGCCCCUGUUAAGCGAUUUGCGAGGAGCAGUUGGAGAAUCCUGAGUUGCAUCCCCUUGCUGUACACAGCAAGUAUGAAGAUUUUGAGAGGUGGUUUAACAGGACAUUGAGAGAGACAAUCGGUUUGUUUUGUGCUAAGUGAGAGAGUGUUGUUGAAUUUUAUAAGUAAUUGAAUAUAAAACCCUGUACAUUGUUUCCAUAUUCAAGUAUAAAGAGCUUUAUUAUGCAGAAUAGUCUUUAAUAAUAUUAUUUCAUUGUUGUGAAUUACACCUACCAGAAUAAAAGCUUUGCCUCAGUAAGAAGUUACUUAUUGGUGUUAUGAAAUGAUUAAAAAUGAUAUCCUAUGAUAUUAUUUACAGCACAGAAAAUAUUAAAUAAUGGAAACUAAUGGUGCUACAACAGCACAUACUUUCUUGCGAUAUUGUUAAUGGCUCUGUAAUAUUAUAAUAUGAAAAUUUCUGCCUUAAAUUUCAACUACCAUUUUAAAAUGUCUGAAACAAAUGAAGCACGAAAAAUGGAUUUUUUCCCCUUUGUUUAAAAUUCAAAUGCUUCAAUGAAAACAGCUUUCUGCCUUUGAAUUCGAUUUAUUUAUGUUCUACAUAAAUGUACCAACAUGGCAUGAUGCAUAUUUUAAACAUAAAUAAAAGCAUUACUUUAUAUUAACGCCAAAAA